CAGUCAGAAUUCUGGAGCAGGAGAGGCAGGAGACUGGAGGAAGAGGAGCUUAGCCAGGACGAUAGGAGAGAUAUUGUACUGCUAGGAUAGCCAAGAGGUACUGAGGUUGGAGGCUAGGAGACUGAGGCAGGAAGCUAGGAGACUGAGGUAGGUGAGGUGGGUUACCUGAGGCUGCAGACAGGUAAGGCGGGGUAGGACAAGACAGGACAGACCAGGUUAGGCCAGUGCAGGGUAGGACAGACUAGGGUAGAGUAGGCCAGGAGUGCAAGGUUGCAGUUUACCCAUGGUACUGUGGAGGAUGAGCAGUAUUGGGCUUCUCUGUGUGCUGGGUGUGCUGCUGUGUGUCUGUAGGCCCCCAGGCUGUCUAGCCCAGGGCCAGGGCCGGGCUCAGGGCCAGGUGAGGGGGCAGCAGGGGGGUGUAAGGAGGCAGGCGGGGGGUCAGGGCCGGGGCCAGGCAGCGGAGCUGGAGGAGGAGCUGAGGGAACAGGAUGCUCUGUGCUUCGCGGGGGGAUGCUACGUGGUCUACUUCCAACGGAAGACCUUCCGAGAGUCGCUGAGGAGCUGCAAGGACAAGGGCGGUAACCUGGCGACCGUGCGCAACGAGGAGGAAGCGGGCGUGGUCCACGAGCUGCUGUCGUCUGUAGAGACGCGUGGGCCGAGGACCAGGCUCCGCCUCUGGAUCGGCCUGCAGCGCCAGCCCCGCCAGUGCUCCUCCACGCGCCCCCUCAGGGGAUUCACCUGGGUGUCAGGCGAGCCGGACGGCGAGUACACGGACUGGCUGCGUGCAGACCCCCCGGGGAGCUGUGCCGUGCAUCGCUGUGUGGCCAUCAGUGUCAACACAGCCGAGGAGGCGCGCGAGCAGCACGACAACUUCCGCUGGCUGGACGGUGCCUGCGCCCUAGCCGUGGACGGCUUCCUCUGCCUGCACUCCUACCGCGGCAUGUGUCACCCCCUGGAGGCGGAGGGAGGCGGUGCUGCCAUCUACACCACCCCCCUGGGCCUGGUCAGUACCCUGCUCACCUUCCUCCCCUACGGGUCUGUGGGGACUCUGCCCUGCCCCCCCGGCGUCCCUGGACCCUCGGACAAGUCUGUGCUGUGUACGGAGCGGGAGGAUGGGGCUGUAGGCUGGUCCAAGGAUGGCCCCCUGUGCUUAGAGACCCCUCAGGACCUCUGCGAGGAAGACAACGGUGGCUGCGAGCACUACUGCCAGAACUCCGACAAUCACUUCUACUGCACAUGCUCAGAAGGCUUCUCUCUGGCGGACGACGAGACCAGCUGUCUCCCAGACACCAGCCCGACCCCCGACGAGGACCCGGAACCGGCCCCGGACAUCCCGGACCAAGACCGCGCCGGCCCCGGCCUCCCCUGUUCCUCCAUGGGCUGUGAGUUCAGCUGCGAGCAGGGUCCCCGAGGGAUUCGCUGCACCUGCCCUCCUGGCUUCCUGCUGGGGCGAGACGGGCGGAGUUGCGUGGACGUGGAUGAGUGCAGCCAGGCGCCGUGCCCUCAGACCUGCUUCAACCUCCCCGGAACCUUUGAGUGCGGCUGUCACCAAGGUUACGAGCAGGACCAAGAGGGGGAGUGCGUGUGCGCGCCGGAAUAUGAACCCAACAAGGAAGGAGAAUGUGUGUGCAGGCACGGAUUCCAAUCCAACAGGGAGGGAAAGUGUGUGGACAUUGACGAGUGCCUGACCUCGGGCACAUGUCAGCACAUGUGCCUGAACUAUGUGGGAGGGUUCGAGUGCUACUGCAGGUCAGGGUUCAAGCUGCUGGCCGACCUGUACUCCUGUAGGCCUCUCCCAGAGGACUACGACUCCUCCACAGCAACAACAUCACCCCUGACCCCUGACCUUGAUGACGACCCUGGGAACCCUGAUCUCGGCCAUGAUCCCAACUCCCUUGAGUGGCACACGAAUCCCCCCAGUGAUGAGUUACUGCCCCUGUCCACACAGACCUCUAUGGUCCACUAUGAGCACUUCACAAUGCCUGGGGCUGGGGCUGGAGAUGGAGAUGGAACUGGGGCUGGGAUUGGGACUGAGACUGAGACUGGGGCUGGGGCUGUGACUGGGGUUGGUACUGGGGCUGGGACUGGGGCUGAUGCAGGGACUAGGACUAGAGCUGGGACUGGGGUUGGUACUGGGGCUGGGGCUGGGACUGGGGCUGAUGCAGGGACUAGGACUAGAGCUGGGACUGGGACUGAGACUGGAGCUGAGACAAAGCCUGUCUCUGGGAAAGGAAAAUCAUCCGUGUCUGAAGCUGAGCCUGGGUCAGAGCAGCAGGAGGGCACAGGCAGGAAAAGGCAGGAUCGUAGCUGGCUGCUGGUAGCCCUGCUGGUGCCCCUGUGUGUGUUCAUCGUGGUGAUGCUGGCGCUCGGAAUUGUCUACUGCACCAGCUGUGCUGUGAAUCAGAACAAAGGCCUGACAGACUGCUACCGCUGGGUCCUACCUGCCACCUCGCCCCAGGACAACAGAACCUCCAAGACUGGAACUUGUUCAAAUGGACAGGGAGGGAGGGACUGAGGGAGGGAGGGACUGAGGGAGGGAUGGAGGGUGUCUAAGUAAUCAUUUCCACUGCUGGGUUUUUGUUUGUUUGUGUUUUUUUUCUAUCUUCUUCUAAAAUCACAGCUGGCUAUUGUGCGUUGAGGCUUCACAGACCGGAGAUGUUUAUGGUUGGCCCUGUGUCUCUCAGAGCAGAUCUGACGUGGUGAAGACAAGAUAGAGUUGGCUGACCUGGAGAGACACAGACCAGGGAGAUGGAGUGGUGUACACACAGCUGAGUCUUAGGGCUGGGGUUGGGGAUUGAUGCUGGAGGCUGGGGCUCAGGCUGGGUUUAGGGUUGGAAGCUGGGGCUGGUGUCUGGAGUUAGGGUUGGGACUGGAGGCUGGGGGUGAGGUUGAGGGCUGGGCCUGAGGGCUGGGCCUGGGAGGGGGCCCAGGCAAAGCUGGGAGCGCAGGAGUCAGUCACAUCUCUGAGCACAAACACACACACACACCCAGGGCACACACAGUCAGCACAGGAGCCGUCAUGAAACUAAUAUUUAAGGUCUCUCAACUCUACCAGCCCUGACAACCAGACAGCUUCUUUCAGCAUUGGAAAAACACCACGCAGGCAGGAUCAUAUUACAGUGGGGUUCAGUUGGUCCUGGAGUUUUCAAACGCACGUUCAGUCAACCUGCUUUAGUUACACGUACUGGGUCCUUGUAAAUACUUUGCACUGAAUAUGUAUGGAAUUUCAAUAAAAUCAGUAAACUGUUGAA